AAUGAAGCGUAACAAUACAAUCAUGAAAUUAACAGUGCGAGAGGGUGAUGACGAUGCCGAAGGCACCUCGUUUAGAUAUCCCGAGUUUAAUUACACGGUAAUAAUUGCACGGCAGCGAAGCAUUUCAAUUGCGACCGCGAAAGGCUGGUCUUGAUCUUGGCGGCUGGUAAGGUCGUUCGGUGCACCUUCGCAUGGUUUCUCGCGGAAACGCGUCUGUGAAAGGAACACGCGUGUCGGCCGAGUCAGGCGAGUCGCAUCGCCGAAGACCGCACCGAAUUAACCGACGUAAAAGGAAGACUCGCGAGACGGUAAUGAAAUUUCCUCGAUGCAAUCGACGCGGGACGUUCGCGGAACGUUAAAAAGUAAAAUAUAAUAAAAAAGAACUGAACAAACGUUGGACGAGGAAUUUCUCCACCGAACGCGUGCGACCUCAAAGAUCGGUAUUGGCUCCCGGAUCAUUCUCGGAAGUGAAGAAACUCAAUUGUUCGCUUCGCGAAACUCGUUAAAAUCCUUCCUUAUAAAAUCCGAGUCCGUCGAGUGGAAUGGGGAGCGUUUACUCGUGAGAAAAAUCGGACCACGAAAGCGCGGGUCUCGCGCGGCAAAUCAACGGGUGAUGUAACGGAUACCGUGUCAAUGCCGCUCCUGGUACGGAAUCAAGGUCAGCAACGGUCUGCGACAAAAAGAAGCCCCUGCCGAGCAUGCCGUCGCGGAAUUUACCGUACAGACUGGAACGUGAUAAGGGAAAAGAGUGAAAGGAUAAGGAGCGGCACAAUACUAUUGGCGGGAGAGCCUCUCACGAUUAUCUACAAGCGACGCGCCGCGUAUCUUUCUCAGCUUGCCGACGAGAACGUGUGUGUGUGCGUAAGUGUAUGCUUGCAUUUCCGUCUCUUCCCGCUCUCCCGCUCGCUCUCACCCUUUUAUUUUCACCCACUCUCCCUUUCCCUGCGCCCUAUCCUGCUGCGUCCACCGUGUUCCUGCUACUUUCUAUUUUGUUACACGUCGAUCUACGCGUGUGUACAAGGUCCAUUAACGCGUUGUACAAGUUGAAAUGCGCGAAUGCAAAAUCGCCACGUUAUAUAGGGUGUCUUAGCGCGAAUCAUCUAUCCAAUAGAAAAUGAAAUAAAAUAUAUUUUUAUAGAUAAACUGUUUUUUAGAUUAGUUUUUUACUUUUAGAUUAGAAGCAGUAUUUAUCCUAUGUCUUUUUCUAAAUUAUGCAAGAAAUGUCGAUUUUGGGAAAAUUUGAAUCUUGAACGUUGUCGAAAGCGAGGAUUAAGCAAUUCCUUGAAUAAGAAAAGACCGCAACAUUAAGCUAAUAAUUUUUAUCGAUAAUAAGUAAACGAUAAUGAGAGAAGCUAAGGUGAGUCAAACAAUUGCCCGUAAUCGUUACCAUUAUACGAGAGAAAAUCACCGCAAUAAGUUUCAAUUAUUUAUUUUGUAAUUUGCAGCGGCGCAAGGAGCGACGAUUCGGUUCAAUUAUCUCAUCGUGCGUUCCACUCGAUCAAGAGUGGAGACUUAAACUUGCGAAAGAAAGCUGUUUGUUGCAAGAGGAAUUUAUAUACGGGAAAGGUGAGAGUAAUGUAACAAAUUUUUAUUACUAAAAGUAAUAUUUGAAGAAAAGCGUUAUUUACCGCGUUUCACCAUAAUACUCAAACGAUCAUUUCUAUGAACGAAAUGAAAGAGAAUUUAUAUUGUAAAUCCGAUUAGAAAUCAAGGAUAGUUUGAUUAUCGUAUCCCUAUGACAUUUCAAAUGUUGAUUUGUUCCUCAAUUAUGAAGCUUUCAAAGUAAAAGUUAAUUGAACUCAACAAGUAAGUAAAAUAAUAAUUGUUAUUAAUUUAUUAUAUCUAGAAAUUAUUUCAUUUAUUAAUUUAGAUCAACUUUUAUUAACUCAUGUCAACUCUUUGCAAAGAAUACGCCGCGUAUAAACGUGCAUUAUGCAUUCCGCGGGAAGAUAUUAAUGCUUUCCCUUCCUUUUGUUCAUCAGGGAGAAUGUAAUUCAUUAUGACCUGUCUAAUUAGCGAGACUUAUACCUUCAUUAAAUCAUGCUUACUGCGGCUUGCGAAAAUUGGUUCGCGUACAUCGUCAUGCAAAGUGAGACUUUUCCAAGAGACUAACAAUCUUGUGAGAAUAUUUUCAAUCAAGAAGGAAAAAGACGAAGUCUAAAAUAAUUUGCAUAAAGUAUCGUGAAAAGCGGCGCAAUUCUUCAUAAAUUCUUCAUAGAUUCUGAACUCGGAGAAAGCAACGAUCGCGAGAGCGAACUUAAAAUUAUCGCGAUAUAUGCAAAUGCAUAUAGUAUAUAAAUGUAUUGUGUGGGAAUCGUGAUUCUCGAUUACGUCAAACCAGAACCUCCGUUGCUCUCGAAUCUAUGUUUUUGCGUUAUUUGUUAUAAUUGACACGGUGACUUACGCACACAUCCGUUCUCGAGCCAGUUUGCGGCUUGGAUAUUCGCGAGGGAUUAAAACUCGUUUGAUCCACAAUUCCUCAAUCAAAUUUCUCGACUGAUGGAUGCAAUUAACUUCUCGCAUGUCACACGCGCAUUAAGGCAAUAGAUAAUUAAUAAAUUAUAAUUUAAUACGUUAAAUAAUAAUGUAUCAUCGUUUACUGUGACAAUAGAUACUUUGAUUGUAGAUACUUUGUAGCGCGUGGAUUGUAUGUAUUCUAUCUGUGUAGUAAAACAUUUGUAAUAAGACAAACGUUAGGAAUAAUGUGCGAAUUAUACAGGAAAAAAUAAUGCCACAAGAACGUUACUCGUGCCUCAAGAAUAUAAAUCGUCGUGCAUGAUAGAAGUGGAUUUGCAAAGAUUAAACAAGUACGUAAUGCGUUUUUUACAAAACAUAUGCAAAUAUGUAUUGCUUAUGCUGCAGCUUGUACUGCGUCUUACAUGCUUCUUGCAUGUUUCUUCCACCAUGGAAGCUACAAUUUUUCUAUGCGCGAAAUAUUUGAACAGAGAGAGCAACAGAGGUGCGCCCCGCUGCUUAUAUUUUCUAGAUAAUUUUAUUCUGGAAAUCGGGGGGAAAGCGUAUAAUCAUCAAAGCGGCAAUUCUUCUGAUCCGAUACUAGUUGUAUCUAAUUUAUGCUCGCACUCAUCGAGUGAAGAUCAUAAAUCGGCUCGCUCAUUCAAGCAACGCGUCUAUCACUGCUGCAGCAAUGAUGAAUUUGCGCAAAUAAAAAAUUAAAAAAAUGUGGCAUUCUUUUAUAUUCUAAGCCUGCAAAAUCUCAUAAGAGAUUCUCAAAAUUCCAUGUGUCAGAAGUUUUAUCCCUAUAUCGACAAAGAUACCAGAGCGUCAAUGCGUCGUCGAAGGACGUUAUAUUUUAGCACUGUGUCGACACAAAAGCACCUUCUUUGAUGCCAUCGUAAACUCACGCCUUCUCAUAGUGGCCUUUCUGCUUCCAUUAACCGAAAACAUAGCUGGCGGCGAUAUUAAUUACGACCAUCAUGGGCAUCGCUACUCAGGCAUGUAGCAUGGUCGUGAAAGCCCAAGGCGCUAAUUUCUCUAGGACCACGCUCUGUAUGUACGUAUAUGCAUGUAUAGGUCACGGUCGUUCUCGCUCUCAGAAACGCAUUAUAUACGUCUAUGCAUAGUGGACGUUACAUACGUUAUAUACGUCCGUAUGCAUAGUGGACCCCGAUAUGAUGCCGGGGGUGCGGAGCGUGUCCAUCAGCAGGUUCAUGCGUGUUCAAUUUCUUUUCAAGGAGGUUGCGCCUGCCCCUGCGUAGCUCCUCCAUACCGCGGGUACCACGAUCUUCAUUCGAUCCCCACUCGCUCCUUCCGGUGCUUCACCGGUUCGGUAUAUAUACAGGUAAGACCGCGGUCGCGAAUAUAUGACAGUGUGUAUCGGUUCGCCGUGGUGAGCUGUGCGCGAGAGAUAAAAAAGGAGAAGGCGCAGGGAGAAUCCCCCCGGCGGCCGCGGCCGUGUCCCGGAUUCCAGCAUGGUGCCCGAAUACGCCAUGAAGGUCCUCAUUUUUGCCAGCCUCCUAUCAGUAGGCUUUGCAACCUUCGGACAUGAACAUGUUCAUAUAAGGAUACACCUGCCGGAGAUGGUACAACAUCACGAUGAAAAAAUCAUAAAAUACGAGGAUCACGGCGGAGGUCAUGGAGGAGGAGGAGGAGGUGGUGGUGAUCAUCACAUAGAGGUCACUGGUCCUGGGGACAUAGGAGGACAUGGUGGAGGUUACGGAGGUGGACAUGGUGGUGGUUACGGAGGGGGCGGCGGUUUUGGAGGCGGUCAUGGAGGCGGAGGUGAGAAACUAAUUAUAUUAUAUUAUAAUAAUUAUGUUAUAUUAUAAGAAAGUUCAAUGAUUUCAUCUUUAUUGAUGAUGAAUUUUAGUUUCGCGUAGUCUUCUCAUAAAACCUUUAUUAAAUUUUGCAUCAAAUUUCUUAUUCAUAAAAGUAAAUAUUUUAUUUGACAAACUUUCUUCGAAAUAUAUGAUGCAAGGAAAGAAUGUAAAUAAAAUUAGUAGGUCUUAAUUGACGCACACAGACAUAUACACACACAAAUAAUAAUUCAAAAAAUAAGUCACGAUAAAAUGCACUGAUUAUAUUGAGAAAAUGCAGAGAUGAAAUCUUGAUGGAACACUUUCUCGUAUCUACGAAUUUAUAAUGCGAAACGAUGUCUUUGAAUAUAUGUAAAUGUAUCAUCAUAUAAGGGAAAGCUCUUAUCAUUUAUCGAUCAUGGCGAUUCAUGGCUGAUACUAACAGAAUAAUUAUGAGCGAUUUAGAGUUACAAUAAUCUAUAUAUUAAAGAAAUGCAAAUGAAUAAAUAAAGAUAAUGAAAAUAAAAGGAAAAAUUGCAGGUUUAAAAAUAUUAUAAAUUAUUAUCGAUCAUUAAAUUGCAAAAUUUGUUCUUUGAGAUUUCAAUCACAUGCUAUAAUUGCUAAUAUCCUAUGUUCUCAUCGACCAAUUUUUACAUUAAUAUAUAAUUUCUUGUGAGUUUUGAUAUAUCUCAUUACAUUGUAUUUUGUUUUGAACAUUUCUGUUCGAAAUGUACUAUACGUAUAUAAAUAAUCAUUAGCAGGAACUUUGCAAAGACUGUAAGAUUGAUAGUGCUUUUGCAAUCGUGUUAUUAACUUCUUGGUUCUUUACACCGCAGUAAAUUUUCCAGCAGACGUGAAAUCCGCGAUUUUUGGGCCUGUUCCUCUCUCUUUCGAGCACCGAGAAAGUUCACUAUCACUUAUAACGCGAAGUUAUUGAAGGUGCCUCGAGUAACCGUGCCACUUUGUCGAUUAAAGACUUGAUAUGCGCAAGAAAGGGAAACAGAGCUUCUCGAGAUCGUUUAUUCUACCAUUUAGCGCGCGGAUAUAAUUGGGUGAGAAUUGGUGAGAAAAUCUCAAAAACUCUCAUUACUUUCGCUUCACCCAUUGUUCUAUCCGCACUGUUUCAAAAACAUAAUUAAUUAUGAAUUAGAUUUCGAAUUAAUAGAGUUGUACGGAUAGAAUAAUUAUUAUUGUUUCGUUCGAAAUGAUAAUGCAAUUAUGUUACUGAUGCAAUUCGAUCACCAUAAAAUCAUUCGACACAACGAUAUUCUAAAAGAUAAUUAUUUUUACAGGUGAUCACGGUGGGGAUAUCAUCAUAUCCGAUCAUGGAGGUGGCCAUGGUGGUGGCGGUGGUUACGGUGGCGGUGGCGGCUUCGGAGGUGGCCAUGGAGGUGGUUAUGGAGGUGGCGGAGACGAUAUUAUCAUCGAUCACGGAGGACACAGUGGUGGUGGUUUCGGAGGUGGUCAUGGUGGUGGCGGCGGUUAUGGCGGAGGAGGUGGCGGUAUCAUUAUUGAUCACGGAGGACAUGGUGGUGGCGGCUUUGGAGGUGGCCACGGUGGUGGAGGUUACGGCGGGGGAGGUGGCGGUAUCAUUAUUGCACAUGGAGGACACGGCGGCGGCGGCGGUGG